GCUAUAGGUGUCGCCAUUCAACAUGGCUGAAGAAAAAGAAUUUAGACAUCCACUCGGAACAACUGCAGAUGAGGAUGGUCCUUCAGGCACAGUGAGAGUGACUGUAAUUAUCCCUGGUCUAAAGAAGAAACUCAUUGGAGAUAAGGCUUCAAAUGCAACAAUAGACACCAAAUUUGAGGAAAAAUCAUUUUGUAUACUUGUUACCAUGAAAGAUGAAUCUAAAAAAGAUAAAAAGGAAGAAAAAUACAAGUAUGACAUCAAACAACUACCUGAUUCCAUAGUGCCAGAGAAAUGUAGCUUUAAGGUAAAAAAAGACCAAGUGGUGCUAUACCUUAGGAAAGCCAAGGAUCGCUCAUGGUCCAGAGAACUUGAUGAUACAGGCCUGGAAACAUAUAUAGAAGAUAAAGCCACUUCUCAUCUUGACUGAGCUUUAAAAUAUGAACAAGAUUACCAACGUUAAAUAUGAACUAUAUGAAUUAAUGCCUGUACAACGCUUGGAAGGAAUAAUAGGAGAAAAGGGACAAGUUCCAUAAGUAAACACUCAAAGUAAAAGGUCACAUUUUAUCUGGGAUAGCUUACUCAACUGAUGUGUCAUCUGAGUCCCUUAUUAUGUGUUGGUUGUGACGGCUGCAUGCCUGUAGCCAGCUUUUGUCAAGGGGGUUCA